GCUCUGAUAUGACCAGGAUAUGACAGGUACCUCCUGACGUCAGUAGCUCCUUGCACGGAUCAAAACAUGGCGGCUGCCAUGGAGCUGAGAUGCUGGGGAGGAGACUGGGGUUUGCCUUCUGUCCACACCGAGUCUCUGAUAGUUCUGGCAUAUGCCAAGUUUUCUGGGGCAAAAGUCACGGUUUCUCCUAUAGACUGGACAUGGAAAACUCUAACAGCCACAGUCCCAGAGUUGCUGUGUGGAGACUCUGCAGUUCAGGAACCAGCACAGAUUCUCAACUUCCUGAGGAAACGGAGGUGUAAUGCAGACUAUGAACUGACAGCCAGACAAGGAGCAGACACCAUGGCAUACAUCGCUCUGCUUGAAGAGAAACUACUUCCAGCUCUGUUGCACACUUUCUGGGUGGAUGCAGAAAACUACGCCAAUCUGACACGGCCAUGGUUUGCCUCACGCUCGCCAUUCCCUCUUAACUUUCUCGUCCCUAGUCGCCAUGCCAACACUGCCCUCUCCCGUAUCCUUCUAACCAAAGGAGAGGCGCCGCUACACAGAAUCACCGAAGUGGAGGGAAAGAUCUACAGCGAUGCUAAAGAGUGCCUGAAUCUCCUCUCCUACAGACUGGGAACUGCAAACUACUUUUUUGGCAACUCGCCGACCAGUCUGGACGCCUUUGUGUUUGGUUUUGUGGCUCCACUUUACAAAGCCAGUCUCCCCAGUAGCCCUCUGCAGAGUCACCUCAGACAGCUGGAUAACCUCACAAGCUUCUGUGACAACAUCCUCGCAGUCUACUUCAGCUCAGAUCAACCUUGUCCUCCCCCACCUGUUCAGGAAAGAAUGGAUGCCAACCUCCAGAAACUAACUCAGCUUGUAAACAAAGAGUCCAACAUGAUCGAGAAGAUGGAUGACAACCUUCGCAGCAGCCCUCAGCACAAACCCCACAGACCAGAACCCAAACACAGUCUGGCCAGUGAGAAGAGCUCUACUCCUGCCUAAGCCCUGACCUGUCAACCCUGGUCCAGCUUUAUGAAUGGAGGAGGAACCGCCUGUAGAUGUGCAGUUCUGAAUCUGACAUCCUAAAAUCAAAAACAUUUCAUCCAGCUGAACUAUAGUUUGAAUGAAAAAUAACUUUAAUAAUAAA